GCGGGCCGCGGCGGCGGCGGGCGCGGGAGCGGCGGGCGGAACCAUGACAGAAGAUGACGGAGGCGGCGCUGGUGGAGGGCCAGGUCAAGCUGCGGGACGGCAAGAAGUGGAAGAGUAGGUGGCUGGUGCUGCGCAAGCCGUCGCCGGUGGCAGACUGCCUGCUGAUGCUGGCCUACAAGGACAAGUCGGACCGAGCCAAGGGCGUCCGCGAGCGGAGCAGCCUGGCCCUGGAGGACAUCUGCGGCCUGGAGCCCGGCCUGCCCUACGAGGGCCUGGCCCACACGCUGGCCAUCAUCUGCCUGUCCCAGGCCGUCAUGCUGGGCUUCGACAGCCGCGAGGCCCUGUGGGCCUGGGACGCCCGCAUCCGCUACGCGCUGGGCGAGGUGCACCGGUUCCACGUGACGGUGGCCCCCGGCACGAAGCUGGAGAGCGGCCCGGCCACGCUGCACCUCUGCAACGGCCUCCUGGUGCUGGCCAGGGACGUCCCGCCGGCCGUGGCGGGGCAGUGGAGGCUGGCGGACCUGCGGCGCUACGGGGCCGUGCCGCACGGGUUCAUCUUCGAGGGAGGGACCAGGUGUGGGUACUGGGCCGGCGUCUUCUUCCUGUCCUCCACGGAGGGGGAGCAGAUCAGCUUCCUGUUUGACUGCAUCGUCCGCGGCAUCUCCCCGACCAAGGGCCCCUUCGGGCUGCGGCCAGUUCUCCCAGACCCCGGCCCCGGGGGGCCGUCGGCGUCGGAGGAGCGCGGGGCCCAGGAGGCGCAGGAGGCCCUGGAGGCGCUGAAGCUGGAGAAGCGGCUCAGCCUCCUGUCCCCCCCGGGCCGGCCGGGCAGCGGAGGGGACGACCGGAGCCUGUCCAGCUCCUCCUCCGAGGCCAGCCACUCGGACCUCGGCGCGGGCGGCCGGGGGGCCCCGUGGCCGGAGCCGUCGCCGUCGUCCUCGGCCGGCGCGUCGCGGGAGGGGCCGGGGGGGGCGCCGGGCCCCGGGGAGGCCGCGCCGGGCGCCCCCGGGCCGCCCCCCGCGCCGCCGCGGCCCCGGCAGCUGCGGGAGGUCGGCCGCCAGAGCUCCUCGGACAGCGGCAUCGCCACGGGCAGCCGCUCCUCCUGCUCGGGCAGCUUCUCCUCGUACGCGGGCAGCAGCCUGGACGUGUGGCGGGCGGCCGAGGAGCUGGGCUCGCUGCUCAGCCUGCCCCCCGGCGCCGCGGCCCCCGAGCCCGGGCCCUGCGGCUGCCCGCCGGGCGCGGCCGAGUACCAGGUGCCCGGCCCGCCGCGCCGCCACUACGACACGCCCCGCGGCCUGCGCCCCGCCCCCCGCGACCCCGCCGACCCCGCCGCGCGGCCCCCCGGCCGGCCCUGGGAAGCGGGCAGCCCCCCCGCCCGGCCGGCCCCGGCCCCCGGCCCCGCGUGUCCAGCCUGUGGAGGACUCCAGGUAAAGCCCCCUCCCUGAGACCCCGCGGGGGCCCUGCCGUCCUCCCCACGGAGGGGGGUGCUGGGAGGGUUCCAGAAGCCGCUGGACCCGGGGGCGGGGCCAGUGCCCGGACCGUCCCCCCGGGAGCUUGGGGUCCCCCGCGGCCCGGCGCCCCCGGCUCCGCCGCCCGGAGGGUGGGGCCCGGGGCUCAGGCGUGGGCUGUCGCCUGUGGGCUCCCGCGAAGGCCCGGAGGUCCACCGCCCGCCCCCGGGUGACCCCCACCCCCCCGCCAUUCCCGUCACCUGAGCGCCCACACCCCUCCCGCCGAACAUCGACCCACCGCGCAGCCCCGGCCCGCGGGCCUCCCCGGGGGGCACCGCGUCCCGUCCCGCGGGGAGAAACUGAGGCUGGGGAGGCUCCGUGACUUGCAGGGCCCGCGCCUCUGUGACUCAGCCCCCGCCGUGUCCACACGCCGGCCCUGCCCUGGCCGUCGGGGAGGCCGUGGGCGGCGGCGGGGCCCGGGCUGGAAGUUCCGGUGGCCGGGCACCCCAGGAGGAAGUCGGGGCGCCCAGAGUGCUGCCCUUAGGUCCCCCCAGCUCGGUCCUUCCGGAGCUUCGGGGCGGGCUCCCCCGGCCACUCUGCCGCGCCCCCUCCCCGCCGGCCGGCACCGUGGCUCGUCACCUUCGAACCCCGACCUCGUUUGUAACAUUUGUAGACAGGAAAUAAAGCGUUCUUUUCUUAC